GCAGCGUUGUACCAUGGAGGGAAUGGUUGUGUUGCGUGUACUCUGAAGCGACGUAUUUACAAACUUUAUCGUAUUCUGUUUUGAUUGUGACACCUUCCUUGAAGCCGGUGUCGUAUGACUUUAAAUCACCAGUGACCGUAUCAAACUACAAUUAUUGAAUUAUAAUUUUAUUGUGUUGUUUUUUUUUGUUUUCGUUUUGUUGUGUUAGUUUUUUUUGGUGCGACCUUGUGUUCGAUUCGGUUUUUGUGGACGGUUAUUUUAGAGAUUAUGAUGUAAGUGCGGGUGUACCUGGACGUCCUAAGUCUAAGGAUGGGAAGAGUGGAGCCUUGAGCCAGUAAUGAUGCAUACUUCAAUGAUGAUGACCGUGAACUCCCCGCCAGUGCCCCACCGAGACAUCACCGGAGCAUCGACGCCGUCAUAUAGAGCCUACCAUGAUGACUACACAUCCGUCCCACGUCGUCCGGACAGACAGAUCCAGACGGAAAUAGAAACGGAACGCAUCAAAAAAGAUAAAAAAUGGUCAAUAGGAAAACUAUUCAGAAGAAAGAAAAAGGAAGAAGAAAGUGGCACAUCAUCACAAAGUGACGACGAUGUUAGUGGGCGGUCACCUAAAAGGAAAGCAAAGAAAAAGAAGAGAGCACCUCCGGUUAAUAAUUUCGAUCACAUUGUGAUUAGGGAUACGAGGAGGGCACAAAGCUUGGCAAAGCCGAAUUUGCAUGAUGCAACCGACGAUGGAGUAUUGUCCGACCCAUCUGCUGGGUUCAUUAACUAUAGAGCUAAAACACAGAACAUGUCUAGAUUAUCAAAAGAGUCUCUCAGCUUAAAGGACGACUUCGUCGAAAAGAAUAGUCGGAUUGGUAGCGAGACUCCAUCGAGAAAAUCACGAAAGGGUCGUUUGAAAGCUAGGGUUGAAGCAUUAAGGAAUAGUAUGAGAGGGGAGUCUAGUAGUGAUGAAGAAUCCCUAAAGUCUUCUAAUUCUUCUUCUAUGAUACGUUUUAGAAGUGAAGAUUCUCUAAUGCGGUCACGCGAUAGCUCUCUCAACAAAAAAUCCAGAAGCGCCAGAAAUGAAAGAUAUAUUAAGAGAUUGUCACGUGAUGAAGAAAACCAAUUAAACAAAGAGGCUGAGUUACUGCAACAAGGUUAUACAAAAGCCGAAAUUGAAAUGCUAACAAGAACACCCACAAGUCAAAGCAGCGGAUAUGGAACUUGUAAAAGAGAACCAGCAAAUAAAUCUGUGCCUGAACCUGUACUGCAUGAAUCUUGUAGACAACCUUUAAAGACAGAAUCAGUAUCAUCAUUUCCUUCCACACAAAGUUAUCCAUCAUCCAUAAACUUUAACGCCAAGGUUAAUAACGAACAUAUUAAUUAUUCCAUAAAAUAUCCAAAUGUUAACCACAAUCGAGAUUCACUUACCGCUAGUAAUAACAGAGAAAGAAGUGCGUCUAUUAAUUACGAAAAUCCAGAAUCCGUUAUGUAUGUUAAAUUUCCUUUAGGAAAUGUUACCAAUGUAAAAAAAGAAGAGAGAGCGCCUCCAGUACCUCCGCCACGAGACAUGCACAGAAAAGUAACAACACCUCUAUCAAUGUACUAUGAAAAUAGUCCCAUAGUGGCUGAUAGAGUUGGAUCUAAUCAAAUAACCCAUGGUGUACCCAAUAACGAUUUUGAAAGAAUUAUGCGAAGAAGCCAAGAGCGGUCAAUCGGUUACGGUUUAAACGGCCUACGCAGGCCUCUAUCAAAUUCCGAAGAUCAUAUUGCUAUGCAAAACAACGAAAAUAUGCAAAAUACGUAUUAUAGGAAUGAACAACCUAGACGACCGGCAUCAGUUUCCGCUGAGCCUAAUCAUUACGGACUUUACAUGAACUCUCCCCCAUGGCGCAAGAAAAUCGAGCAACCAAAUUUAAUUAAACCAGAACCGUUACAGAUACGGCAGGAUUAUUUAUAUUAUGCAGAUCAAAGUCCUAGAUCAAGAAGGCCAAUAAGUGUCAAAACUGGUCUCAAUGGCGUAGAGAAUCAAUAUUUAAGUGAUUCUCAAGCUUCAAGUAAUAUUUCUACGAAUAUAACAUAUAGAAGACCUAGAAAUGCGUCAGAAUUUUGGAAAAAAAUAGAUGAUGCCGAGAAGCAAAGACAACAGCAAACAUCAUUUGCUAAUUCCAGAAGUAAUAGUGAAUGUUCUAGCAAUUCCCAACUGUACAGGCCUCUGGCCGAUCAAAAUAAAAUAAUAAGAAGGAACAGUUACAGAAUUGAGAAUUCCGAUAUACAAAAUAAAAAUAAAUCGGUAGAUCAGUCAGAUGGUUCAAAAAUUUGGAAAGCUACUACAGAAUAUAAAAGGUCUGUUACGGUGGAACCUCCGAAACCUGCAACUUCGCCGACCUGUAAAACACAUAUUCGACAUAAAUCGGAUACGUUCAUUCCUAACAGUUAUCAAGUACCUUCAGAUGACGAGAAAAGUUCUGAACGGCGAAAAUCUACAAACUUGGAUGACGCCCUAAAUGAAUUGGAGGCUAUUUAUAACAGUCUAGGAUUAGGAGAUGAAGAUUUACUGGAUCGGGCCGAACGUCGUGAAUUGAUGACACCAAAAUUUAACGACCAAUUUAAUGAUUGGAAUGGAAACGAUAAUGAAAUCCAAUUACGAAGUCAACCAACCACCCCUUUAAGGCGCAUUUCUAGAAGAUCUACUUUACCAGAUAAGUUGCAAGACGAUAUGGCAUUCCGUAGAAUGAAUUCAUUUUCUAAAAAAGAUAAACCAAGUACUAAAGAAUCACAGGCUCAAAUUAGUUACAUGUUAGCAUCGCCCGUAUAUGUCCCCUACGUCUCGGACGAUGACAAACAUUCUGAACGCAACGAACCAGAUAUUGUUUAUGAUGAUGUCGUUUAUAGAAAUAUAAAACAGACUAACAAUCGCCUCAAAACGCUUGAUCCUCAACCGCCUUUUGGUAUUCCCGUUGGACCGGUGUCACCAGCUCCGCAGAGCGACUAUUUGCAUGCUACCCCAGAAAAUAAGGGUAGAUCUCGUUUCAUUCCGAAACGAUCUCCUGAUAUCGUUUCUGAUGACUUAGCUUACAGGAACCUUAGAAAAGAUAAUAAACAUACGUCGUUAUUUAAUAACGAAGAUCUCACCGGACAAAUAAAUAAUAACCAUAGUUACCAUGAAAGUUUCCAUGCUAAAGAAUCAAGUGAAAGUAUUAAAAAGAAACGUGCCAUAAGAUCACUUUCAGCAAACAUUUUUACAAUGAUCCAGAAGGAAAUUGAUGAAGCACUUAAUAUGACCAAAGCGCCCGCUUUGCAAAAGACUCAUAGUAACAGUGAUGUUAUGAGACGACUUCGUGAAACUUAUGAAAAUAAAGAACCGAAACUAGAUUACUUUCCUCGUAAUAAGGUAAAACAACGUAACAAUACUGUUAAUCUCUUUGUUAAUAACCCGCACACCACUUCUCAUCAUUUUGCAAAAGACGACUCAUUCAUUCACUGUGAUGACAAAUGUUUCGCUAAAUCAUCAUCAUGUGACAAGUCCAAAAGCUCAUCCCCGUCGCACAUAUCGCCACAAUCAUCAAAAAGAUCAUCGAAAGAUGAAUUUCAACAAGUUCUUAGUAUGCUAGCACAAGAAGCUAUGGACACAAGUAAUAAAUUAGGUGUAGCAUUAGCAGAAUUAGAUAAAAAUCGAAAUAAUAGCGAAAAAACAUCAGAUAUUCAAAAUAGAAUUUCUGAAAGUCGUUUAAGUUUUUUAAAUGAGCUAACAAACAAAUGUAACGAUAAAUUGGAAAACGAAGAGAAACAUACGACAACUAUUAGUGAGGAUAUUACCCAACAACACAACAACGAAGAGGGUGAUAGUGAACUCAAUAAAUCCAAGGCUGAGAAGACCGAAGAUAGUUUAUUUACAAUUUCAAAUCAAUUACACAAAGUAGAAGACCAACUCAAGUAUAGUUUUGAAAAAGAGUUUGACUUUGCUGAUGAAAGCUUGAAAGUUUCCGAUAACACGAACAAACUAGCUGAACCGCUAAAAGCAGAAGAAAGCAUAGUUAUGAUACAAGACGUAAAACCCGCUCCCGAUGUUAUUCCACUUUUGAUACAAAAUGAUGCAACCAAAAUUGAAAGUCAUACUAAAUUCGAGUCUUCUACGCCUUCACACACAAAUUCCUUAAAUCCAUUUUUGAAUCCAACAAAUAAAAUGAAGGAAUUGGAUGAAAUAAAUGCCUUCAAAGAAUUAAAAGACGGGAUUUCAGACUUGAUCGCUGGUAUAUCUGAAGUUAACGAUAAAUUAUUUAUGAAUAAAUGUGCUAAACACGACGAUGAAAACAAAAGUGGAAUCCCCGGAAUUUCAGAAGCAAGUCGGCGUGUUAAUCAGGUAAAUCUAGACCAGAAUAAUAAAAGCAUUCCUGAAAGAAAAUCAGUUAACCUAUCAAUUUAUGAAAACGACUUACUAGAUGUAAAAAAGGAUGGUGCCGAUUCAACUGAGUAUAAUUCGUCAGAGGAACUUGCAACAAUUUUCAAAUUUAACGGCUCUAAUAAAUCAACAAAUGCAUUCCCGGACUUGAAUAACGAAACUGCCAAUAAACCGCGAGAUGACUUAAAUUCACCCAAGCUUGUGAAGACAAUGAAUCAGCACCUGAGGAGGCUUUCAGUAGAUGAAGGCAAUACUAGUCAAUCUAACGCACUGCCAUCUAACGUAGUUCCAUGGAGAGCUAAGAACCAAAGUUGUAGUUCAGACAGAGAAAAAAGAGCAAGCAAUAAUCCGCAGUCAAAGCGAAACUGGCACAACUCAGGCACGUUGAUGUUAGCUUGCUCUUACACUCUGCUGCUCUCCCAACACCUGGCCGAUAUGGACUGGUUGACGCUGCUGGGCUUGCUGUUGGCAAUGAUAACCGUCAUAGCUAUGCUAUUAAUUUAAUCAACACACAAAUCUUUACUAUAAGGUUCGGCGCGCACUAUCAACCAAUCAAUUGACUGCGAAAAAUCGCAAUUGCGCGCCUAGCCUAAGAGAUCUCACAUGGGCACUAUAGUUGCGGUAAGGCGGCUAUGUUGCAAUAGCACCGCGAGACCAAAUUCUUUGUAGCAGAUGAAACCGCACCACCCGCACCGCCCAUAUGGCAUCAGUAUAAUUAAUAUUUUCUUUACCUACUGUUUUCUUUUGUAAGAGGAUUUUAUGCAAGAUUUGUGCGUAACCCUUAUUGUUAAGUAUAUCGCUUUUUUUAUUUGUUUGCAUAUAAGAAUGUUAAUUGUACUUAAUUUACAGUGUUACAAAUUUAUUAAUAAGUUAAAAUAAAAAAGGACAACAAUAUUAAAAAUUACUUUAAAAUAAAAGGAAUGAUGU